GUUCCUUCUUCUUUCUUUCUUCGUUAUCAUCCUUGUUAUUUCGAAUAACUUUAUAUAUUCAAACAACAUUAUGAUCAGAUCUACAUUUCUACCGAGACUUGACAAGAUUGGUUCUCGUUUAUGCAUGACCAGUGUACAAAAGUCAUUAUCUCCAUGCACCCGAUCUUUUCAUACGACACAAAGUCAAACCCUGUAUUAUUUUGAUCAUCUUCCUGGGGAAAAGUCAGAGAAAGUCAACAAAGGACUUGAACAUCUUUUAGGACCAAUACGUGAAAAGAACUAUCGUAUGGGAAAUUUGGCAACAAACUCUGGAAGGGAAAUCUUUGACGUAUGUGUAGUGGGUGGCGGUAUCAUUGGUUUAGCAACAGCUCGUGAACUCUUGAAUCGAUAUCCAGGAAUGAAAGUAUGUGUUCUUGAAAAAGAACCUGAAGUGGGACAACAUCAAACAGGUCAUAACUCUGGAGUUAUUCAUGCUGGUAUUUAUUAUGAACCUGGUACCUUGAUGGCUAGAACUUGUGUACGUGGUGCUGAUAUGAUGUAUAAAUAUGCUGAAGAACAUGGUCUUCCUGUGGAACGAUGUGGUAAAUUGAUUGUUGCAAGUAACAAAAAGGAACAUGAUCUAGUAGUUAAGCUCUAUGAACAAGGUGUCGCCAAUGGAGUCAAAGAUUUGGAGAUCGUUUACAAGGAUCAGAUUCGUGAAAUGGAACCCAAUGUUGCAGCCUAUAGUGCUUUACAUUCACCAAAUACUGGAAUUAUCAACUUUUGGUUGGUAGCUCAAAGCAUUUUACGAGAAAUCAUCGAUUCAAAGCGUGGCGAUGUUAAAUGCUCGUUUGAAGCGAAAAAGUUUGAAAAAACAUCUGAUGGACUUGUCAAGAUCACAGGAAGCGAAACCAUCAUGAAUGGACCAGUAUUAGAAGUAUAUGCAAAGAACGUGAUUACAUGUGGUGGAUUUUAUUCUGAUCGACUUGCAGGAAAGGCAGGAGGUAAUCCUAAGGAACAUCGCGUAGUGACAUUUCGUGGACAAUAUUAUCAAGUCAAGGCAGACAAGAAAGCUCUUGUUCGUCGUAACAUCUAUCCUGUACCUUCUGGAGGUGGUAUUCCUGUCGGUGUCCAUUUUACACCUACUGUUGACGUGCGUCGUGGUCAUCAAUUGAUUGUGGGUCCUGGCGCUUGUUUCACCACGUCAAGAGAAGGUUAUCGGUUUUGUGAUUUUAAUUUGUACGACGUUUGGGACACUUUUUCAAAUAUCCAAUUUUGGUACUUUGCAUUCAAGAAUUUUGGCCUCUCUAUCAAUGAACUUUAUUGCGAUCUUAACAAACGUGCCUUUAUACGAAGAGCUAGAAAAAUCAUCCCUGAAUUGACAAAUGAUAUGGUUGAACUUAGUUUUGCUGGAGUCAUGUCUCAAGUCUUUGAAAAUGGUGGAAUGGCUGCUCAAGAUUUUAUUAUUGAAAGGAAAGCAAUGGAUGGAUUGGUCCUCAAUGUUAGAAAUGCACCUACUCCUGCGGCUACAGCUUCCUUGGCUAUUGGCGAAUUGGUGGUGGAUGCGGCAAAUGAAGAUUUUGGAUUCAAGGACAAAUAUAAUAUUUAGCAUAAGCUUUUUUUUUUUUUUUUGAUUCAUUAGACAUAGUUUAAGAUAAACAUACAAAAUAAAAAAAUAAAAAUCAAACUUGACUCUCAUGUGAUCCAACUCA